AUGGCUCUGUGUAAAACCAUUCUAAGAUCUCUUCCUAGCAUGGAAUCUAACCCCACCAGUAUAAUAUCCGCCAUUACUCUCCUGGGCUUUUCUUUCCGGAAAGAACAGCCGGACGCGCAGCUCGCGUAA